CGACCGUCCUGCUGUGCCCUGCGUCGUCUGCGGUGUCCGUGCCUUCGUUUCGAAUUUCCAUUUCAAAUCUCGUCCCCCCUUCAGCUCCGCCUCCUCUUCUCCCCCCUGCCGCACUCUUUCCAUUUCCGACAAUCCCUCCCCGGGAUCCCGCCGCACCAAUCCCCAAACCCUCGACCGCGGCGGCGGCGGCGACCCAGCGCGCUCGCGCCAGGAUUCUCUCGGCCACGCCAUGGGCUGCUUCCUCUCCUGCUUCCGCGGCCGCCCCGACCCGGCCGUCCGGGCCCUCCACGAUCCGCUCGUGCGCAAGACCCGGCUCGGGGAUGCCUUCCUGGACGACCACCACGACGACGGCACGGCGAAGCUUGAGGAGAGCGGGACGCCCAAGGAGGGUCCCGGUAACGACGGAGGGGUCGACGACGACCUCAGGCGAGAGGCAAAUUAUCUUAAAUCUUGUGGCGCAAUAUCAGAAACCCCUCCCGAAAUUCUGAAAGCAUCAAACCAAGUCGAAGAGCAAGAAAUUAAUGAGUGCAAUGAGACGUCCAACAAUGCACAGGAGACUAAAGAGGCCCUGGUGUCUGAAAAUAAGGAUUACUUGUCUGAAGGGUUCAACUCCGACGGGCACGAUGGAGCUUUGAAGCAUGACCAGGACACCGACGAAGGCACUGACGACCAUGUCACGGAGGUUGAAUCAGCGCCGAGAUCAUCGUCGCAGGAAAGGUCUUCAGCCCAGAUCAUCAGGAACCAGAAUCCUGAUCCUAGCGACUCGCCUUUCCCCACUCCUCUGGUCCUUAGAGACGAUAUCCAGACUCCUGGAUUCACCACACACCAGGGGAACUUCAAGCCCGGGAAGCGCGGGAGGGCCAGCAAGCAAUUUGUAUACCCCGUCCUGAGACCCAUCGAGAACAAGCUGCAGUGGACGGAGCUGAGAGACGAGUCCUCCCCCAUGGUCGCCUCUCACCCUCCCAAAAGAAGGUACCUGUCCGCAGAUUCCACCGAGAAGCCUCAGCAGCACACCCUUCCAGGCUCAGUGAAUGAAAGCACAGAGCUGUCAUCAGAGUCUGCGCCAUUUCUGUUCCAUUCCGGCAGGAAAGAGCAGCAGGCUCAAGAGGAUGAGAAUGUCAACCAGCAGCAGCUUGUGGGUGGCGGUGGCGUCGGAGAGCUGCUGAACAAGAGCUCGGAGAACGGGAAGCAUGGCGUGGCCAGCCUGUCGUGCUGGCUCAAGACCUCGUGCGCGGAUGGUGAGGGUGAGACUGGACGGCAGCUGGGCUUCGGGAGCGUCGAUCUCAGCGACGUGCCCAUCUUUGUGGCCUCUGGACUGAACUGGGACAACGAGAACAACCCUACCCCGAUGCUGCCCAAGGCCUGGGACGGCAAUGGGAUCCCCAACACCACCACCAAGUACAAAGAGGACCAGAGAGUGAACUGGCAUGCCACGCCGUUCGAGGAGAGGCUGAUGAAAGUUUUGUCCGAUGAGAAACCACACCAUCAGAGGAAGAUCAGUGGAAAGCUGAUCCACCUGGAGGAGGACGCGAUAGAGAGCCCGGCAAGUGCGACUGCUUCCUCGUGAUCGGCAGUACGAGAGGGUCCAGUGUUUGGCCAAUCCGGCCCGAGCCACCUCUAGCUGCAUCAGUGUCUGAAGCUCUCUGAAACUGAACUAGUGCUACUACAUUCUUGUCCGCUGAAGCAUUUUGCUUGCGCCUCAGUGCAACUUUUGCACAUCACCUGCUGGUUGAUGUGAUGCUGGGUAUAUUCAUCAAUAAUGAAAAUAAGAGACUCUGCUUCGGUUUA